GUUCAAUUGUCAUUUGUGAUUUUCAUAUGUCGAAAACAAUCGGAAAAUUUUACUGGUUGUCAUUCGUCAUUGCGAAAAAUUUUAGCUACGUGAUAAAAGUUCAUAAUCGCUUUAGUACCUCAAAAAGUAAAAAUUAUUAGGCAGAAAAUUGUAGCAAAGUUUUUCAGACGCUCACGAAGUGCCAGUAAACGUAUUUAAAUGUUUGUUGAGGGCAAUUUUCUUGUACAAGCAGCCGUCGCCCGAGCAGCGCAAAUCGUGGCAGAGAGUUAUAAGUCAUAAGGAAAAUAAUAGUGCGAUAAGGAACUGGAGCUCGGAAAACUAUAAUAUACGUCUCUACGCAGCACAUACGCACGUGUGGCUGCACUUGCCUUUGUGACCUCAGCAGCGGCCCGAAACAACCUUACCAAACCUUUUUGUAUUUCUCGCUUCGAACUUCUAGUGUUCCAAUUCUAAUUGUCCAUCAACGUUAUGCCACAAUCACGUGCCGCCGCAGCUGAAGCUGCAGCUACUGGCAGUGGCCCACAGCCACUCGUCAAAAUUGGCCACUAUUUACUAGGCGCAACACUCGGCACGGGCACCUUUGGUAAAGUGAAGAUUGGCGAACAUCAAAUGACGCAUCACAAGGUAGCAGUAAAGAUAUUAAAUCGGCAGAAAAUCAAAAGUCUCGAUGUGGUGGGCAAGAUUCGCAGAGAGAUCCAGAAUUUAAAACUCUUCCGUCAUCCGCACAUCAUAAAGCUUUAUCAGGUCAUUUCUACACCUACUGAUAUUUUUAUGAUCAUGGAAUAUGUGAGCGGAGGUGAACUUUUCGAUUACAUCGUAAAGCAUGGAAAGUUGCAGGAGCACGAAGCACGGCGCUUCUUCCAGCAGAUCAUAUCCGGCGUAGACUACUGCCAUCGUCACAUGGUGGUACAUCGAGAUUUGAAACCAGAGAACCUGCUACUCGAUCAUAAUCUACAUGUGAAAAUCGCUGAUUUCGGUUUGUCCAACAUGAUGUUGGAUGGCGAGUUCUUGCGCACAUCCUGCGGCUCGCCCAACUACGCUGCGCCAGAGGUAAUUUCUGGCAAACUGUAUGCUGGCCCCGAAGUAGAUAUAUGGUCAUGCGGUGUUAUACUCUAUGCACUGCUUUGCGGCACCCUUCCAUUCGACGACGAGCAUGUACCUACUCUCUUCCGAAAAAUCAAAUCUGGUAUCUUCCCCAUACCAGAGUACCUGAACAAGCAAGUUGUGAAUAUGGUAUGCCAGAUGUUACAAGUCGAUCCUUUAAAACGCGCCACAAUGGAGGAAAUCAAGAAGCACGAGUGGUUCCAGAAGGACUUGCCCUCAUAUCUCUUUCCAUCAUCAAUUGAACAGGAUUCGAAUGUCAUUGACACCGUUGCAGUCGCCGAAGUUUGUGGCAAAUUUGGCGUUAAAGAGGCCGAGGUGCAUAAUGCGUUGCUCAGCGGCGAUCCACAUGACCAGUUGGCCAUUGCUUACCAUUUGAUUAUCGACAAUAAGCGAUUUGCUGACGAGGCUGCAAAGACAGAGAUCAACAACUUUUUCGUCGCCGGUUCACCGCCGCCUGUCUCACACUCGCCGAGUGAACGCGCCGAAACUAUUGGACCGACGGCCUCGAACACUGUCGGUGGCUCAGCUUCGGGCACAUCGACACCUAGCGGCACCAGCGGCGCAAUGCGUCCACAUCCCGAACGCAUAGCACCAAUGCGCGAACGUCAACUGGCCAUGUCGGUACAGGCAUCGGGUGGUGCUGCAUUUCCCGAGAAAGCAGCGCGUGGCACGCCCAUCAAGCGCGCUAAGUGGCACUUGGGCAUACGAUCGCAGAGCAAACCGAACGACAUUAUGCAGGAGGUGUAUCGUGCCAUGAAGGCGCUCGAUUACGAGUGGAAGAUCAUAAACCCCUAUCACGUGCGUGUGCGCCGUCAAAAUCUCAAGACAGGCAAAUACUCGAAGAUGUCGCUGCAGCUAUAUCAAGUAGAUUCCAAAAGUUAUUUGCUGGAUUUCAAAUCACUAACCAACGAUGAAGUUGAGCAGGGAGAUGAUGUAAUAUUGGAAAGCUUAACGCCACCACCGCUAAGCGUACAGGGUGCAAUGCCGCAGCAGCCAACAGGCCACCACACUAUGGAGUUCUUCGAAAUGUGCGCCGCUUUGAUUAUACAGCUGGCACGUUAAGAGUUUAAGAGGCACGCAAAGGUUGAGGGAGGAACAUAUUGCGCUAUUUUGAAUAGCAAAAAUAAAGAAAAUAUGUCUAUACAGUGGGAGGAAGAGGGGAAGGUGUAGGUGCCUAUUUAAUUUAGUUGAGUUCUUCAUUCGAUUGCCACAUAUGGAAUUUGAAUUGUAAGGGAAAUUUUAAUAUCUUCAUUUAUGUAAUAUCGCUAACGCUUUUAAUAGAAAUAUAACCAUUUACCGUUUGGAAA